AUGGUCUCGCUAGGGGGCCCCGAAGCUCAGGAGGAAAGAUGCCGGUCGCUGCUGGACCCCUGGAGCAGAAACGCCUUGUGCGCCCAGGACUUCUUCGUCUUGGAGCAGGACCCCCAGCGCCGCCAAGAGCUUGACCGGCGCUGGCGCGAAGCCUGCGAAGCCCCCGAAGCGGCGAGUACGAGCAAUGCGCAGAACCUGCUGACUUCCUUGGUCAAGGGCUCGACCGCCCUGGGCGGAAGACACUGGACCACUUUUCGAUUACCCGAACCCUCGGAGCCGCUCCCUCUCUGCGCGCCCCGGGCGCGCAGCGGGUCGCGCUGCGAGCCUCGCCGGGAGCCGCGGCCAGCGCGCCUCCCGCGGCUAGAGAAGCCCAAGGUGUCCGAACUCCCGGAGGUGCCAAGGAGACACCAACCUCAGACUCGCAGCAUCUACGAGCAGCGGCAGUUUCAGCAGAGUCGCAAGUCACGGUCGCUGCCGAUGCUGAAGAGUGAGAGCGCCGUGGUCCCGCAUUGGGCGCCAGGGCCUCCUGGGCGACAAAAGCCGGCAAAGCGCUACAGAGUGAUGCCUCUGGGGAAGGACCAGAUGCUUUUCGAGCACUUUGAGAAAGCCUUGAAUGGACCCUAUGGCGACAUUCGGUCGGAGUAG